AUGCAUCUCCUCGCCGCCCUUACCCUCUUCUCAUCCCUCUCCGCCUCGGUUCUCGGCGCGUCAGUCUGUAAUGGCCAAGCAGCCUUAUGCACGCGCAAGUACUCGACUGUGACGUUCAUCGGGGCGCACAACUCUUAUUCAGUUGGGCAGAACCUGGCGAACAACCAGAACAAAGAUAUUACAUCACAAUUGAAUGAUGGGAUCCGGACAUUACAGUCGCAAGCACAUACCGCUUCUGACGGGAUACGGCUCUGCCAUGGAUCAUGCGCUCUGCAAGAUGGUGGAUUGCUCGUCAACUACUUGACGACCGUAACAUCAUGGGUCAAAGCCAACCCGAACGAGGUCCUUACCCUCGUCAUUGUCAACAGCGAUAAUCAACCCGCCUCUCGCUUCGCCUCAGCCUUCUCAUCCGCCGGUCUGGACAGCUACGCCUUUGUCCCCUCAUCCCCGCAAGCAUCCUUGAACGACUGGCCUACACUGGGCUCGAUGAUUGACAGUGGAAAGCGGGUAGUCGUAUUCUUGGACAAUGGGGCGGAUGCCUCGGUGGCACCAUAUCUCAUUGAUGAGUUUACGAAUAUGUGGGAGGAUCCUUUCAAUGCUGUGGACCAGACAUUCGGCUGUGCGGUCAACAGAUCACAGGCUUCGCCUUCGUCCACCCUGAUGCUGGUCAACCACUACCUUGACACCACCUACAUGCUGGCCGGAACGCAGCUUUGGGUACCCGCACGGGACAAGCUGAACGUCACCAACGCCGCAUCAGGGUACGGUAGUAUCGGCGCGCACGUCGAUAACUGCAAGGCUAUCUGGGGCCGCAACCCCAACAUCAUCUUGCUCGACUACUACGACUCAAACUCCAACGCCCCCUUCGCGCUCGCCGCCCAGCUCAACGGCGUGUCCGCACCGACCAACACCGUCGUUCCGGCGUCUACCGCCGUCGUUUCUGGCUCCGGCGCGUCAGGUAGCUCAAAGGCAUCAGGAACAGCGGCAGCGGCGAACGUCACGCAGAGCAAGUUGAAUGGGGCGUCACGAGUCGGAGCGGGAGGUGCGGGUGUAUGGGCAGCGGGUGCACUGGGAGCGGUGGGUGUGGUGCUGGGGGCGAUGAUGAUAUAA